AAACAAAACAGCUUCCUACGCUAGCGAGUUAUAAGCAAGAAGGGUACGAGAGUAUUUCGUCCCUUUUAAAAAAAAUGUAUUUCCUAAAGUCGGCUGUGUAUUGUAUUUUGGUUUUGCUGACGCACUAAUCUAAAAAUAACUACCGGACUCAGGAAGGCCUGACCUGCCUCAGCAUUCUGUUAGUGGUUUUCAUUGAAGGCUGUCCCUGACUUUGUCAGACUGACUCUCGGCAUAACACUCGAGGUAUUAUAGUCUGCUCACAAGGGAAGGCAUUCAAGACUUAUUCGCCUUGUUUUUUUUAUUCGCAGGAGUUUGUUCUCUCCCGUUAUAGUUCUCAUUCUUCAGUGGUCAGUAGGUGAACUGUAUGUGAAAGCUGGAGUUUGAUAAUGUUACAUUUUGAUUACUUCUAAAUAAAUCAGUGGGAAAUAGCUUUAAUAACUGCAUAUUUUAAUAAAGAAAUUUAUCCACACACAUCUAACUCCAAAUGGCCAAUGAAGCUCUGAUACCACUUAUGAAACAGAAAAUGAAAACGGACAAUCGUGAAGGGCGGACAACUCUAGGGAUUAUAGGCACAGGAAAUUUCGCCGUGGCUUUGGCCAAAAGACUCACAAUGUCGGGCUAUGACGUCAUCAUGGGAAGUCGUCGACCCGAAGCACGCCAGAACAAUCUGACCAUGAUCAGUGACUGCCUCUGUGGAGUGGAGCUGACGUCCAUAGCAGAAUGUUUUCGUAAGGCAAGCAUCAUCUUUGUGGCAUUGCACAUGGAAGAUUUCAAAAUCACGCUGGAGCCUUUCGUGGAUGCCGCCAGAGGGAAAAUUUUAAUAGAUGUUUCAAACAGAGAGCAUCCCUAUGCAGCUAUUUCCAAUGCUGAACACUUGGCUUCUGUACUGAAGCAUUCUAUAGUGGUUAAAGGCUUCAACUCUAUCUCGGCCUACACGCUGGAGUCGUUCCAAGAAAGCGGAUCAAGUCACAAAGUUUUUAUAGCAAGCAACGAUUCCAUGGCAAGAAACAAAGUGGCCGACAUCGCCAAAACUAUGGGCUUCAGUGUGGUGGAUCUAGGCGGGAUCAGGUCAGCUCGCUUCAUGGAAGAGUUUGUCUUGAGGGUCUUUUCGCACUGGAAAAUCCCGAUCAUCUUUACAUUCGGAAUCUUCAACCUUUGGUCACUGUACAUUGUUUAUUUAUACUUUAUAGAAGCUUCUGUGUUCCAGUGGGAGCAAGUCUUUCUGAAGGUGCUCAACAAACCUUUGUGUAUGACGGCCAUUACAGUUCUAGCUAUAACCUAUUUACCAAGUCAGUUAGCAUCCAUUGUUCAAGUUUAUAACGGCACAAAACACAAACAAUUUCCCAGGUUUCUGGCUACGUGGCUGAAGAGUCGGAAACAGUUUGGUUUAAUUAGCUUUUUUCUGAUCACUAUCCACGUCAUCGCAUCCACAGUCAUGAUGUCACCGACCUACUACAGCUCCUGGUUUCGUCCAGUCACUGUCACAGUCCCGGCCAACGUUUCCGUCAGUCAGGUUUUGCCUGUUAGCCCUGGUGUGAUGAUUUGGAAAGGCGAAGCAGCUUGCCUGGUGGGUAUAACAGCUUUUGUCAUUCUUGCCAUCGUGGCGGUGACCUCGAUACCUUCUGUUGGAGAUUCAUUGAACUGGUCGGAGUGGAGAUGUAUUCACUCCAAGCUGAGUUUAGCAGGGCUCAUCCUGACAGUAGGGCAUGUGUGCAUUAUGGGGGCUCCAAACUGGGUAAACUUAGAAACGUUGAAACUAUUUAAGUCUAUAACAUUCCUGAGCAUACUUCUUCCCUUGCUAGUCAUUCUUCUGAGACUAACUUUCGGCUGCCCGCCUCUCAGUGGUUAUCUAAGGAAGAUACGCCGAGGUUGGGAGAGAAAUUCUGAAAGUCAAAUCUCUCCUCUAGUGCAAGAAGAGCCGGUGACCAUCCUCCACCAGUUUGAUGAAAAAAUGGUGAAUGGUUAUCAAGGCGUAAGGUUGGAGUCUUCCUGUUGCUGUGACAACACCGCUCCCGCCCCCUCAACGUCUUCUUGUAAUCAACCAAAGUCUGUCUCUUUUAAUGUCCAGUGUGAGUGUUCUGCUGUGUAAUGGCAUAGUAGAUCAUUGAUUGAUUGAUGGAUUGACUGUUUAACAGUGUGACAGUAUGCUCAUAGAGAUUCAAUGCGAGUUCAGUCAUUGGAUUGACAAAUAUAUAUUGAAAUAUUCCUAUGUUAGAUCUGGCGUAAUAUGUACUAUCUAACUUGAAGGUUAUUACGAAGAAAUCCUAUCAGGGGUGGUAUCACUGCCUAUAUAAUGAAUACAGCUAGAAACUUAAGGGAGAAACCUCAAAGAAAAUCUGGUCUUAUAGAUAUAUGAUAAGACCCACAUAUACAAAUAAAUAAUGUUGACAAAGGAAUCUCCAGUUAAUGGACAUGGACUUGGACCUGAAAAAAUAUUUGAAAAAGACCAUCACAUGAGCUCCCAGAGCAAAGUGGAUAAAAAACAAUUAUAAAUGUAAAUGUGCAAGUUGUUUCACUUUCAGGAUGUUUUGUCAACUGUUGGACUUUUGGCCUGGUAUGUAACAUCUGACUGUUUACGGAUGUUUUGUCAACUGUUGGACUUUUGGCCUGGUAUGUAACAUCUGACUGUUUACGGAUGUUUUGACAACUGUUGGACUUUUGGCCUGGUAUGUAACAUCUGACUGUUUACGGAUGUUUUGUCAACUGUUGGACUUUUGGCCUGGUAUGUAACAUCUGACUGUUUACGGAUGUUUUGUCAACUGUUGGACUUUUGGCCUGGUAGGUAACAUCUGACUGUUUACGGAUGUUUUGUAAACCGUCUAAAUUUGAGAAAUGUUUAGAUUUUGUAAUUUUUGGUAGUAGGCCUAUAUGUUGUGUCAGCUGUUUAGGAAUAAAUAUGUCAUAUAAUAGGUAUUGGUUAGGUUAUGUAAACAAUUAGAUGUUAGUGAUGUUAUGUAAAUUGUUAGACGUUGAUGAUUUUAUUUAAACCGUUACAUGUAAAUGAUGUUAUUUAAAUUAUUACAUGUAAAUGAUGUUAUUUAAACUGUUACAUGUAAAUGAUGUUAUUUAAACUGUUACAUGUAAAUGAUGUUAUUUAAACUGUUACAUGUAAAGGAUGUUCCGUUAACUGUGACACUUUAAGAACGAAAUGUAUUUUCUGAAGUUCGAUUCUAUUCUUGUCUGGAGAUUCAGAAAAUGUUCAAUGUUGCAACAAAUGUGUUCAUCUUCUCAGUGCUUGAUUCACACCUAAGUUCUAAAUAAAGUCUCCAACGAGUUUGUUUUGUUGAUGUGGUGAUGUAUUUAAUAGAUCUAGAUAACUUGGAGCCGACUGGGACAAGGCUUUUAAGAGUAUUUUAAUUCAGAACAAAGCAGACUCCAUACGAUAAAACUAGAUACAUGACUUAACAAAAUAAGUGUUUUCAGUAAAAUAAAAAAGUGUAUCUUUUAUUAAUUUGUAUUUCUUAAUGUAAAUGCAUUCAAAUAUAUUUAAAUCAUAUAUGGGAUUGAAUGAAUGAUUGUUAUGAUUCUGUUUGAAUCGAAUCAAACUGUUAGGUUAGUUAAAUACAAUUACUUCGUCAAUGUAAUGUUCACAUCUAAUUAUGCACCCUUUUUUUCAAACUGUAUAAUUGUAUGAGUUUAUAGUCUUCAGUUCAACAAUAUGUUCACUUUAUAUAAUCAUAGGACCAAAUCCAAAUGUUUAUUUAUUGAAAUGAUGUGUAAAUAUUAAAUUAAACCUUUAGUCUAUCAUGUUGUCUGUCAAAAAGAAAUGUGAUAAUAAAAUACAGUACAUGCUUAUUUAGAGUGAAAUGUUGAUAUCAAAAAGAAUGAUCUGAUAUUAUCGAUACAAAUUAUAUUAAACCAAUUCAAAGUAUAUAUAUAUUGACACCAAUAAAGAGUGAACUACUUCAAAUUAUACAAAGCCUUUAAAACUAUUUCAUUUUGAGUGUGUGUAUGUCUGAUAUUGGUUCUAAAAAUCAGUGUUUAAGCAAUUCAUCGAUAAGCUCCAUUGACAAUCACUUUUGAACUCUAGCACUGGAUCACGUGAUAUUAAUAUUGACUUAUCAGUGUCUUCAUCUCCCAGUCUGUCUCUACAAUCUACAAUAUACCCAAUCAUCAAGCAGGACAAAUCAACAACAAAGUUAGUAAUUGGUAGGUCAGAGAUGGCGCAGAUGUUCAUUAUAAAACACAGAUAUUAGCAUGUCUGGACUUGUAUCUGAAGGCCUAUAUUGUUUAUCUGCAGUUCAUGUAUCAAUUGUUUUUACAAUACCUCUAUUCAUGUCUCAACUUCAUGGAACCUGGACACGGAUCUCAAAAAACGGCUCGAACGAUUUUCCUAGAAAGUUGAUAGUUGAUAUAUAUAGUUGAGAAAAGAUUUACUAGCUCGUUGGCCGGUUGAUAGCAAAACACCGUACCACACACUGAACCACACACCCUACCACACACUCAACCACAAACUCAGCCCCACUCCGUGAGGAUGACUUGCUAGAUUGUAAUAGUAUUUCCCAAAUAAAUAAUUUUCUAUGAAUUAUUGCUGACAACUAUAAAUAAAACGUCCUGAUGUAUCCAACCAAAUGUCAGACGAGAUUUAAAAUACAUUCGUAUAGUUCAUCCUCCUGCGAGACUAAUUGAUUUCAACUGAAAUAACACCACGGUAAGGGUCUUAAGGUACUCAACAGAUAAAGAGCGCAUGUCCCCGGGCUGUAGAACAAGGAACAAUAUGCAGAAUAAGAUUGUGAUUGAACGAUGUGAUGUCAGUGUAUUAUUAAUUAGCCGUCUCGAUCCUGAGUAUGAAAUUUAACUGUAACAUUUUAUGGCCAACAGUUGUUCAAGCUUGGCGAGUUGAUCGUUGAAUUAGUGCGCAUUCAAAUUCAAACAAAACUUUCUUUAUGAUUUGACAGAAAAUAUUGGAAUGACUGUUUCUAAAGUCGUACUGAAGAUUCUGUCUUAUAGGCUCAAUGUCUGCACGACCUUCAAAGUUUGUUGUCGUUAGUUACAACAUUGACAUUGGUUCCUUAGUUGUAGCCUAUUGGGUUCAAAUCUCUCAGUUUGAAGUCCCCUACAUUCCUUGUUACACGCGAGUACAAUUUAGUGAUAAGGCAAUUUGUAACUUUACCUGAGAUGGACAUAUCAUAUGGUUAAUUAGAUUCAUUUUCUAUAAAUGUUUAGCAAGACAAUUGCACCUAGGACAUUGCACCGUAAGACAUUACACCUAGGAAAUUACGACCUAAGACAUUACACCUAGGACAUUACUCCUAAGACAUUACACAUAGGACAUUGCAAAUAACACAUUAAACGUAGAACAUUAUUACACGUAGGACAUUACACUUAGAAAUUACACCUAGGCACGUAGGACACCUGGAUUUAUGAUGUAUAUAUUUCACAUCGACAUAGUUCAGUGAUUCAUUUGUUGUUUGCCCAGAUCUGAGUCUUCUCCAGCUGAACUAUUAUUACAAAGCUUUUUUUAAACUCGCUCUGUCGGUCUGUCAGGUAAAAAUGUUUGUACACGUUAUUUCUCCCACACCCAAUGUCGGAUCAAGCUGAAAUUUUGCACAAUUAUUUCUUUUACCUGACAACACAAGAAUCAAUAAAAAAACAUCAAACAAUUAGUUAAUUAACUAUUAAUUAACUAUUGGUAAUUAAUUAUUGUGUUUGUUAUCUUGAAAAGGGAAAGAAAUCGUACUUAACAGAUUUAGUGUCAUAAGUUGAAUUAGUCCCCCUGAGGACUCAUGAGCCCUGAGUGAUACGGUUCCACGACAAUUCGUUCACUGACAUGAACAAAUAUCGGUGAACGAAUUGUCAGUGAACAAUUUGUCGUGUGAACGAUUCGUCGUGAACCAACUGUCGAUGAACAAGUUGUCGGUGAACAAGUUGUCUGUGAGCGAUAUUUCGGGUGAACGAAUAGUCGUGUGAAUGAAUUGUCGGGUGAACGAAAUGUCGGAUGAACGAAAAGUGAACGAAUCGUCUCUUCCCCCCCCCGACCCCCCCAAGAUACCCUCUUCUUCCUCCCCCCCCCCUUUUUUUUUCAUAACUGGUCCAGACAAGUGAUAGGAUCAUAGCGCAUUGAGAAAGCUAAGAGAUAAACAAAAACAAUUUCUAACCGCACAGAUUUAUUAUGUCUAGGCCAAUAGUACAUGCAAUUACAUGACUGAUCUAAAAUAAGUGAUACAAUUACGCUGUCUUCUUCGAAACAGUCUUUUAUCUAGAUUAUACGUAGAUUACAUACAUUUUAUGUAAGUUCUUUAUUAUAUAAAUUCUUUUAUAUAUAUAUCUGAGAUAAUUUGAGAAAUGUUUAGAUUUUGUAAUUUUUGGUAGUAGGCCUAUAUGUUGUGUCAGCUGUUUAGGAAUAAAUAUGUCAUAUAAUAGGUAUUGGUUAGGUUAUGUAAACAAUUAGAUGUUAGUGAUGUUAUGUAAAUUGUUAGACGUUGAUGAUUUUAUUUAAACCGUUACAUGUAAAUGAUGUUAUUUAAAUUAUUACAUGUAAAUGAUGUUAUUUAAACUGUUACAUGUAAAUGAUGUUAUUUAAACUGUUACAUGUAAAUGAUGUUAUUUAAACUGUUACAUGUAAAGGAUGUUCCGUUAACUGUGACACUUUAAGAACGAAAUGUAUUUUCUGAAGUUCGAUUCUAUUCUUGUCUGGAGAUUCAGAAAAUGUUCAAUGUUGCAACAAAUGUGUUCAUCUUCUCAGUGCUUGAUUCACACCUAAGUUCUAAAUAAAGUCUCCAACGAGUUUGUUUUGUUGAUGUGGUGAUGUAUUUAAUAGAUCUAGAUAACUUGGAGCCGACUGGGACAAGGCUUUUAAGAGUAUUUUAAUUCAGAACAAAGCAGACUCCAUACGAUAAAACUAGAUACAUGACUUAACAAAAUAAGUGUUUUCAGUAAAAUAAAAAAGUGUAUCUUUUAUUAAUUUGUAUUUCUUAAUGUAAAUGCAUUCAAAUAUAUUUAAAUCAUAUAUGGGAUUGAAUGAAUGAUUGUUAUGAUUCUGUUUGAAUCGAAUCAAACUGUUAGGUUAGUUAAAUACAAUUACUUCGUCAAUGUAAUGUUCACAUCUAAUUAUGCACCCUUUUUUUCAAACUGUAUAAUUGUAUGAGUUUAUAGUCUUCAGUUCAACAAUAUGUUCACUUUAUAUAAUCAUAGGACCAAAUCCAAAUGUUUAUUUAUUGAAAUGAUGUGUAAAUAUUAAAUUAAACCUUUAGUCUAUCAUGUUGUCUGUCAAAAAGAAAUGUGAUAAUAAAAUACAGUACAUGCUUAUUUAGAGUGAAAUGUUGAUAUCAAAAAGAAUGAUCUGAUAUUAUCGAUACAAAUUAUAUUAAACCAAUUCAAAGUAUAUAUAUAUUGACACCAAUAAAGAGUGAACUACUUCAAAUUAUACAAA